GAUUCACUAAAGUCAGACGAAAAAUCUCGAGACUACUUCUAAGGGAUACGGUAUUCUGAAAUUCGUGGCUUGAAAUACGAGAUGCGCUGGAAGAAGCAGAGCUGAUACAUUACAAUGGAGAGUUUGAUGAAUUGAGGAUGGCGCAAAGAGCUGAACCGAAGGUUCUAUCAAGGGCCAGGAAUGAGUCUGAAAUUUCAGGACCCGCUAGUCACGCUGCUCAAGACUCGGUGCAUUGUUUGCAAGUAAUAUAAUGGGCCAUCGAUGACUCUGCGAUUCUGCAGUUUACAGCUGGAGAUCAGACGCUGUCGAGUGGGGAGGGGAGUCUGAAUAAUCAUCGAGGAGGAGGGUCGUGGCGAUGGCGAAGUUCCGGUAGGCAGGUCCAGAUGAUAAAGAAUCUGACGGGAAAUCUCGUCAUAAGAUUCUCGAUAAUGAGACUGUUGAUUCACGUGAAUGAUUGGAGAGGUGAUGCUGGUCGUAGAGAAAUGCCGAGGAAUCAUUAGUGCUGACAUCGAGCAGCCGCUUACCAGUAGCGGCACUCGGAGCGAGUCGAGAGGGAUGCUGCGGCCGAGGGUAUAAGAGGAAUAUUCAGCGCCAAGCGGUUCCUCGCAUUAACUCGUACACCUGACAACAUGCAAAGAGUGAAAGAUGUCCGCACCUCAAUCUCGCCACAUACGAGAAGCACGAACCUCCUUCCUUCCUUCCUCCCUUUGCCACCCGCCUGUCGGAGGCGAGGCGAGGCGAGGGGAAGGUGUCCCUUCAUUGAGGGAAAGGCCUCCUCCUCCUUCUUCGACACACCGAGCAGCAGAAAUGCUCUUGCGCCAAGGAUUCGUUACAGUUGUACAGUCGCGCCACAACUGAACAGAGCAGCGUUUUUGGAUCCAGAUGGCGUUAAUGCUCCACUUCACGGCCCGAGCACUGUCGUCGGAGCUCGAGGAAGACAUUCAUAUGACAACCAUUAUAAUUUUGCGACCAGAUCCCUUUCGCUCAGUGUCGAUCAUGCGUUGAGCGUUAGAGAUCCGGCACGAUUCUCACCCUCAUGCUCAACUAAUUUGAACCACCGAGCGCAGCACUUUCCAUAUGUGGAUCUUCCUUCAGCUGGUGGGUUCUCGAUCAUGUGCUGAGUGGGCCUUCGGACAAUUGGGCCUCUCUGAGAUUUAAUCUGAUACAUUUUGCAUGCUUGAAUCUGCCUCCAAGAAAUGAGUUGGUUUCAUAAACUGUGCACAAAAUUUAAUCGGAGGGAAAAUGUCCCCAUAUAUGAAAUUUCAAGGAACCGAAGACACGAAAUUCAUCUGCAGCAGCAGCAGCAGCACGAGUUGCAAUCUUUUAAGAGUCUCGUCCUCUGAGGAACAAUCAGUUGGCAGGACCAUGAGUGUCCACCACUCAGAAGUGCGACAGUGAGGUGUAGGUGACAACCGGGAUAGUUAGUUUGUUACCAGCUCAACGAAAUUUCGUUCAAACCUUGGAACCAACUGAUGAACCCGAACAGCAGGACUGCAUGGCAAAGAUUCUACCGAACAUGGGAAGACAGUUCUGAGUCACGAGUGGCACUUGAAACACGAACUUGUCCCUGCAGAAUCAUCUGUACAGAGAGCACUGGAGGCCCGUGUGCUCCCUGACCCGAACGACGGAACGAAUGAAAGGCUUCGAAGGGUCUGAAUCUAAUUUGACUGUCGAUGACAAUGUGAACAAUACAGUAGUGGUGUGUGAACUUCACUGCAGCUUCGAUCAAUCAGAGUCUGUUGCACAGCCACACUUCAUCCAAGUGGUGGACUAAAAUAAUCCUCAGCGCCUUAAAAUCACAUGAUUUAACGACAAAGUGCUGUAGUUACAGGUGUUUCACACGAAUUGCUCCUCCACAUCUUAUUCUAGCUCAGAUGUUCUGAGCGAGGAGCCUCUCCCCGCGUUCAUGGAGGAUUAAUUUACACAUAGCGUCCUUGCAGGAUCAUCAGUCUCACCCUUCGGCACAGCAACAGUGGAGAAUGUGUACGUGUCCAAAAAGUGGAAAAGUCAUUCGUCAAAAGUUCCAUUUCCUCAGACAUUAAAGGGACUGUGCACAGUCAAAGUGUGUGGAUUAUUUUUUUAUUCAAUGUUCUCACAAGGGCAGUGAGAGCCACAAUCAUUGAGUCAUGUCUUGCUCUCUCUUCUCCGUAGGAACCAUGACUCUUGAGUUCUGAUCCAACAGUGAAUGGCGAAUAAUAAGAUUUGCCAAACUCGAGGAGGCUGGCUUGAGUGCGAGUGAGUGUGCGUAUCGUCUGUAACUUGACGAAAAAGUUAGCGGAUGUUUUUGCACACUCCACUCUUAUCGCAUAUAGUUCUUUUGG